AAGCAAUUAUACUCCAGUAAAGAUGUUAAAAUAUUUUUUUUAAUUAUAAAAGAAAAUUGUAACACUUUUUACUGGUGAGGCUAGUGAUUUCUGGCUUCUAUCCUAUUCAAGUUGACUACUGCCACUGAAUACGAUGACACCUGUUUUCCUCCCACUGUGCACAUAUUAGAACUUUACAGUAGGGAUUAUACUUGAGUAGUCUCUAGGCUCUAUGGCUCAGUACAGAAUGGUAAGGUUUUAUGGUAAAUUGUCAGCAUAAGCAUGGCAUUCUACUAUAAUCAUUAAUUGAAUAAAUUAAAGUUUUAUUCGAUUGAAAAAAAAGAUGGCAUUAUACGGGGCAUGCGCAUGUGUGUGUGUGUGUGUGUGUGUGUGUGUGUGUGUGUGUGUGUGUGUGUAGGAUAUGCUUUUACUUGCAUUAGCCAAGAAGUCAGAACCUGAACAUAUGACUGGAGAUUCAAAUAUCUGAGUAACAAUAUUACUUUCUGACAGAGAACUAUUUACUAGAAGAUUCUCAGUAGGAAUUGAAUUGCUUUUAUUAGUUUAUUUUAAAUGUGCAUUUCCCUUUUGUACCUCUGUUUCAAAAGGGAGUAUUUACGCUAUUUCAGAAUGUGUGAACAUCCUCCAUUUACUGAGCCAUGGAAGAUGUUUUCUGCCAGUUCCCCGGUUCAGCAGCUCUCAGUGAGUUCCAGUUAAGCCAGAAAAAAACUGCUGCCAUCCUGCUCAUCGUCUUUGGCGAGCAUUUCCUAACCCAUCCCCCUCCUGCACAGAGCAGCGGAUCCCCACACUGGUGUCUGCAGGGCCAUUUAGGAAUCUCCUCUGAUCCCAUCCCUCUGUUAUUCCUCUUCUCACUGCUUUGCUAUUCUAUACUCAGUUUCCAACUUAAUAGAAAUGCAGGUGCGCACAUGAGCGUCUAGGUUUACCAAAAUACACAUUUUUCUUGAGUGCUUCCCUCUUGGAGUGUGUGGACAAAGCCAGCAUAUGAUCUUCCCAUUAUCACGCUGUUUUAAUGUCUAACUGACAGAUGCCUGUCAGUAAAACAAGGCAAUAAUGGGCAGAAAAUAUCUCUGCUCUUAGAGAGCAAAAAAGAAAGACCCUGGAUUCCUGUCGUCUCAGAGACACUUGUCAGCCGUUGUUAAGGAAGACUUAUAAAUGCCUCUGUGGCGAAUACCUCUGAAUGGCCUGAAUGUUUUCACCCUUAUUAGUGAGAAGGUGAAAAGGGAGCUGUUUCUCAUACAUGUGCAAGUUUCACCCACAUGCAGUUUCUUUCUUCCCCUAGUGGAAGCUUGCCCAUCGUGUUAAUGUGCCACCAUUGCAGCCUGGAGCUGGGUGUGGCCAUGCCAGAUGGCACCUGCAGGCUUCAUUGGACAGGAAUGGUUUCCUGAUGGGUCACAGACGAAGCCCAAAAAUCUAGUACAGACUUGAUGACCUUAGCUAGUCAGUCUGAAGUGGUGUAGUUCUGCCGACUGGCUUCUACACUGGCGGCACCUUCAGAUAUAUUCAGUGAAUGAUAAGACAGUGGAAGUCACUUGCUCACAGGAGCAAGUGACACCAAGUCAACUGUGCCGCAGUAAGCCGAAGAGGGUAGAUUUUAAGAUUGUUCUUGUUUUCCUAAGGGAUCGGUAAAUGCAGAAGACCUCUGUCUUCAGGGAGUGUUCAGCCUAGGGAAAGACUCUAUCAACCCUAAAGACAAGAGUCGUAUACCAAAGUAGGCAAGGGAAACAGUGCCUGGCCUUCCAGUGAGAAGAGAGAUACACAAUGGCAGGGACUUGGGCUCAGACAUAUUUUGUGUCCUUUUUCAUUACAAAUCCAGUUCUCUAUACUCAAGCAGAAGGGUUAGUUAUUGCGUGGUGAUUUGACUUUUUUUUAAAUUUCAAUAAAGACAGAUGGACCUUUAAGAAUAACAUAGAAAGCAACAAAAACAACUCAGUUACUAUAGGAUGUACCUAAAGCAACAAUUCCUUACUCUGAAAAUUGGCAGUCAAAGGAAAGAAUUAAGCAGUUAUUAUGGCUUCUCUGUGCAAAUUGUAUUUCAGAAUGACCAGAUUGCAAGUGUUGAUGAAGGAAAAUUCUUUUUCACAUGAGAACUCUAGCCACUAAAUGUGGAAGGGAAGUUAGAAUUGGAAAAGCAUAAUUCUGUAGCCCCCAAAUGAAAUCAUUGAUUCAAGCACCUGUCAUAAAUGGGAUGCAAUCAUUAGCCCAUUAGGUAUGUUAUGGGGAACUCCACAAUGGAGGAAUCAGGCUGCCCUCACCUGAACCCUCUAAAAGUGGUUCAUUGUUAUCUUAGGAGCCUGCCCGCUCUGAUGCAAUAGGUAAGUACACAACAUGAGCUAUUGUUGCAGAAGAGUUGAACUUGAACUUAAACCAAUCAGUAAGGUUCCAGAAAAUACAGGGGAUAGAAGAACAAGUUAAAUGAUACUACAAGAAAAAUUAAAAACGUAGCUAUUGGGAUGGGGCUUAAGAGGAGCCCUGUGCCAGUUUCUUUAGCAAGACAUUAGCAAGGGGGAAAAAGGGAGGUGGCUGUGUGCAAGUGAGAGGGACUUAGAUGUGUCCAAAUGUUACACCUUGUCUGGAUCAUUUAAACAAAGCAACCAUAAAAGAUUUUUCAAGACAGUUGGAGAAAUUUGAAUACAGUUUGGGUAACAGAUGAUAACAAGGAAUUAUUAAGUUUGUUAGGUAUGAUAAUGGUUUUGUGGUUCUAUAAGAAACGUUCAUAUUUUUAGAAAUUCAUACUUAAGUAUGUAGGGGUAAAAUGACAAUUUCUGAGACUUGCAUAAAAAUCUUAAUAGGGUGGAAGGAAGGAAGCAAGGGUGAAACAGGUGUAGCAAAAUCUUGCUAGGUCGGGAUGAUGAAGAAUAUGUGGGGUUACUGUAGUUUUCUCCCUAUUUGUUUGAAAUUUUUCUUGAUAAAAAUAUUUUUUAAAAAGAGUAACAGCUCUCUCAGAAGGUGGUGGGGAAUCCACUGGAGAUGUGAUUAGAAAAAGGUCAUUACCUGAUGGUCAAAAAUUUUAUGUUUUUUUCUUUUUUUUGAAGAUAUCCUUUAUUUUUAAAAAAAAGAAAGCUAGUUUUCUAAGAUUUGGGGGGUAGUCACUGGAAACCAAUUUCAUGGCUUCAUGUCAAGCAAUUGGAGGAGAAUUUGGGAGACAAAUAGUCUGCAAUGUGAAAGUGAAUGCUGAUCUUAGCUGGAAUAACUUGCUUUCUUCAGUGUCUGCAGUGGCUGGUCUCCAGGGACUUAUCUGGCUACAUGUGUUUUUCACAUUUAUUAGUGAAAUUGGAGAGUCAAGAGUAAAACACAGUCCUCGGGAACAUUGUGUUCAUUUGUGACACACUAGAGAUUUUUUAGCCCAUAAAGCAAAUGAACGAGCUCCAUAGGGGUAUAACUGUUAUUUUCACCCUCAAAGGCAGUAAAGACCCACUGUAUUUACUAAGUAAUUAGAGAAUAGAAAAUGAAUAGUGCUAUGAAAAUAGAAAAAUAGACUCUCACUAUUGCUAUUAAUAGUCUAAUUUUUUUGUCUGUUCUGAAGGAAAACUACCAUCAGAUGAAAAUUUCAAAGUAAAGGUAGACCUCUGCUUUAAUAUUUGGUUGUUUGGUCUUGGAUAAUAAGUUAAUUCAGUGUCCAUGUAAGGUUGUUUUUGUUUCUGUCAAACAAGAGGGGUCACAUUAAGGAACCUCACUCAUUGUUUUUGCAAGGACGAAUACACAAAGAAAUGAACAGACCAGAUAUUUGAUUUAGGACCUUCCUCCUGAGUGAUUGACUGGCCUAAGGGAAAACAGCCCUCCACUAACUGAUGCCCUGGAGCAUUUCUAGCAGACUUUAAACACUCUGCUCCCGUGGAGGCUUGGGGAGAGAGUGGGCUGGUUCUCACACUAAAAAAUGUCCAGAUGAAGCUGACACUCCAAUGGGUGUGGGCUGUGUAAGAUGCGGGGCCAAUGCAACCAUCAAUGUCAAGAUGCAGGGCAAGAUGGGACAGAGGAGCAAGUGCGGGAGGGGGCAUGUGCUCUACUUAGAAAACAGAAGGCCUGAGAGGCCCCUUUGAAGGGGUUUGGAAGCGCUUUGCAUUGAGGUAAAUAGGAAGUAUCAAUACGAAUGAGGCCCUUUUUGCCACCGAUUUCACGGUCCACAAGAAUCCAGAGUAUACAGCUGUCAAGAAGUUAAGUGAUAAAGUGAUCUCAGAUCACUUGGUCCUUGGCUGACUGUUAGUUUUUUCUUGUGCUUGUUUAUAUCUUGAUGGUUUAAAAGACUGGACACAUUCUAGGGAACCAAUAAAAAGAAACUGUGGUUUUUGUGUGUAUGUGUGAGCGUGUGUGUAGUGGAAGGAAAGGGGAGCAGUGUCCAAGAGCUGAGAAGAGUAAUUCCAGGGAGCAUUUCUGUGUUUUUUACCUAUGUUAUACAAGACUGUCAAAACAGAACUGUCAGCAGUUCUGCCCCCAAAAGACAUUCGCUUGGGAAGAUGGUAGGGUAGUAAGGAUGACUACAGAGGGGUGGGCUAGGCAAGGGGAUUAGAGGUAGGGUCUGGAAGGGACCUCUUCCCCACCCUGGUCCUCAGCUGAUAUGAGCUCACCCUGCUGCACUGCAAUCUUAAGCACUGCCGGUUACCAAGUGACCACCACAGGCCAGGCACAUACCUACCCCAGGUCCAGCAUGUCAGGGAGGAAACUGAGGCUUAGGGCCAAGUAAAUUUUGAGUAGCAGUUCAAAGCCAGGACUCCUUGAUCCAAAACUAGGGCUCUGUCCCCUCCCCAACAAAGGCUCCUAGAGGUACCCCUGAAUCCAAAGCCAAGUAUGUACAAAGGCAACACAGAAACACCCGGAGACUCUGACCACAUGGGAAAGAACAAGUGGCGUUUGGGGGACUUUCAGUAAUAUGAAGCAUAUGACAGGGAGCCCACCCAUAAUGCCAAAGACAGAGCUAAAAAGCAAAAUCCAAAAGAGUUUUUGUCUUUGCUCUGCACUUGCCUUACUAUUCCUUGGCGAGCUGAGUAACUUCGGAUAUCCUCGUGUGUAAAUGGAGGUCCACCAGCCAAACGUCUCCUGGGGCUCCAGCAAACACUGCAGGGAGAUCUGGGCCUCGGAGCCUGGCGGAAUGCAGAGCUUGGACCCUACCCCGUGAGAGAACAAGACUACAACCUCCCCAUGGUCUUGGUGAAAUGCAGCUGGGGAAAGCCCCAAGGAACCCUGGGGCUUAAAAUAAGCCACAGCUGGCUUUAUUCCAGGCUCUGGGAGGCUGGGGUCAAGAUGGAGCACACCUGUGUAGCUAGUACGGCGUUGUUUGUAUGGAGGAGGGUGAGAUACGGCUUGGAAUGGACCCCAAAUCAACUUCCUUUAAUGGCGGGCAUUCACUUGGAGGCUGGUGGAAGAUGUGUAUGAACCUAUCCACAAAUCCAGAACUUGUAGUCCUUAGAGCGUAUUCAGCCCUCAUUUGUAGCCAAAAUUUUUUCCUUCCAUAUCAUCAGAUAUCCUGGUCAACGUGCCCUACCCUCCAUACCUUCCUUACGCUGAACAGGUAGCCGUUUGGCACUGGGCACACUGAAUAUCAUUUGAAGCAUACACUUUUCUCAUCUCUGAGUAACGUCCCGUGAACAUCUCAUUGUGCUUUGCCUGCUCCCCUCUAUUUUUUAAACUUGACGUUUAAACUUUUCUGAUGUGCCCUGAUUGUUCCCGAGCCCCUGGAACUCAACCAGGCAGCUCAUGGCUCUCCUAGCUCAGCAGGGCUCCCUGUGCAGGACCAGUUGUUAUUUACAAGUGUGAUUCAGCUGUCGCUGUGCCUCUGAACACACAGGGUCGUUGUAGGAUUUUAAUUGCCAUUUUCCUCUAUAUAAUUAAAAUGAAGUGAAAAAAAUGGGAUAGCCUCCAAAAUCUGAAUUAAUUUCGUGAGUACUUCUUGAGGGGAAAAAAUAUGUAUAAAUAUGAUAAUCGUUACUUGAUUUGCCUUCAGCAGAACUAGAGGAUUUUACCUGGCUGGAAAAAAAUAUAUAGUCAUUUUAAAUGGAAGAAAAAUUAGCCUGAUACUUCUUGUGGCUGAGAAUCAGAAUUAAUAACGUGGAUGGGAAAUGAUAAAUAACUCUGGAUAUCAAUUUCAAAAAGAACAUUGGGAACAAGCUGUAACUCUCUCUGGAUCCAACUUGCCUUAUGCUGGUCUGGGUUUUUUUCUUUCCAUGGUUCAUCGUUGGUGUUUACCCGUUUCUCAAUAAAAUGCCAUAACCCCCAAAUCAAAAAUUCCUUCAUGCUCGGAAACAGGCAUUUCACCUGCUUGCUCUGCUCUGUAAGCGUGACAAUGAGCACGUAGCAGGGAAGAAUGAAACGACAAAAAGAGAAGUCGUUUUUUUGUUUGUUUGUUUUUUUAAUUCACUGGGCUCCCAGUGUUUCACUCUGCAGACUCAUCAAGCACCUGAUGGACAUGUUUAUAAAGACUUGGAUGGUCACUUUAUUUGGAAUGACAAACUCUCUGCUCUACAUAAUGAGAUGGAAAUCCUGUAUGAAUGUGGAAGCCAUUAGCAGAGUAAUUGCUGUCCGUUACCAUGACAACCAGCCGCUGCAGUCACCUGCCCGAAGUGCUGCCAGACUGCACCAGUUCAGCUGCACCCGUGGUGAAGACCGUGGAGGACUGUGGCAGCCUAGUGAAUGGGCAGCCGCAGUAUGUCAUGCAAGUUUCAGCCAAGGACGGGCAGCUGCUUUCAACAGUAGUGCGGACCCUUGCCACCCAGAGCCCCUUCAAUGACCGGCCGAUGUGCAGGAUCUGCCACGAGGGCAGCAGCCAAGAGGACUUGCUCUCUCCAUGUGAAUGUACAGGGACCCUGGGGACAAUUCAUCGGAGCUGCCUGGAGCACUGGCUGUCAUCCUCAAACACCAGCUACUGUGAACUCUGCCACUUCAGGUUUGCAGUCGAGCGCAAACCCAGGCCGUUAGUGGAGUGGCUCAGAAAUCCAGGCCCCCAGCACGAGAAGCGGACUCUGUUUGGAGACAUGGUGUGCUUCUUGUUCAUCACUCCUCUGGCCACCAUCUCGGGCUGGCUCUGCCUACGGGGCGCCGUGGACCACCUGCACUUUAGCAGUCGGCUCGAAGCCGUCGGACUAAUUGCACUCACUGUCGCACUCUUCACUAUUUACCUCUUUUGGACACUAGUGUCAUUUAGGUACCACUGUCGAUUGUACAAUGAAUGGCGUCGGACCAAUCAGAGGGUGAUUCUCCUCAUUCCAAAGUCUGUCAACGUCCCUUCUAACCAGAAGUCCUUGCUGGGCCUCCACUCUGUCAAGAGGAACUCAAAGGAGACGAUUGUUUGAUGUUUGUGUGUUUGGUUGGUUGAUUUGUUGUUUGGGGUUUGGAAGUUUCUGCACUGGGCCACCCCGAAACCCUUCCUCGAGCCCGUGGGUCAAAGAACAUCCAGAGCCAUGUCAUCAUGUCGCCCUGAGCAACGGACUCCGCCUGAAGAAAGCGAAUCGCUCUUUGACUUCAAAUCACGGAUGCUGCAAUCAUAUGAUAUUUGCUGAGCUGCCAAACAUGUUUAUUUAGCAGAUACUGUAUGGAAUUUUCUGAACACCUCUUUAACAUAUGAGGAAGGUUGUCCUGCUAAGGAUGCAAUUCAACUCUUCCUUUUUUAUUACUAUUUCAAAUAUAUAUAUAGAUAUAUAUAUAUAUUAAACUUAGAUGAUAAUCAAAGAUGAAAAGCCAAUGUUAAAACUGAUUUCAUGGUUGGUUUGGAUGGGUUUUGUUUGGGUUCGUUGGUUUGUUUCCCAGUUUCUACUGUAGAUUCUUUGGGGUAAUUUGAUAGCUUGAGUGUCUUUUCCAUCUCUUCCAUGCCUCUUACUCAAGGGGACAGCGUAGCAGCUGCAGGACAAGUCAUAUCUGAAGGAUGUUUUGUACUCAACUUCAUUUAAUUAUUCAGUUUUAAAGGAAAAACAAGCGUGGCGACUCUCCCCACAGUGAACUGUUUACUUAAAUUUCAUUAAGGAGAAAAACAAUUUAUGGUGAGAAGCACGCUCCUUUCAACUUGUUUGGUAAUGACAGCUGAUAGAAGCUAUUUUCUAAUAAUAAAUAUCCAGUGUGUGAAAGAC